AUGCUGAGCCUUGCUGUUGAGACGAUUCACUACAAAAAGUCGAAACUCGAAACCCUUCCCGCGCGGGACUUGGUGAACUGGGGUUCCUCGUACGGCCAUUCGUACAAUCACUCAUACAUGGUCGCAAUGCCUGAAGGCAACACCCUCUGGUGCACCGAGUACAAUCUCUCUUCAAUCGUUCCGCACAAUCAAUGGGUCAACGUUACUUAUCUCAACACGGGGGUGACCACCGAGAUGCGACACAACGAUACGAAUAUUGAGCUUGAUAUGGAAGUCCCUGCGGUGGCGAGCUCCAGGUUCAGAAAAAGAUCGACUGAUCAGGACCUACGGCGCAUUUGGGUUAUCGCAGAGAAAAUGGAAAAGAUUGAUUACUAUUACGCUUCUAAGUACCACUAUAGUUUUGCUAAGAAGGAGGCGAACGACAUGUGGAGAUUGGGAAGGUACUGUGAUCAUAUCUAUGACUGCAACAGUGGAGAGUGUUCGGAAAUUAUCUCCUCCGGGUUUACAUUGAACAGUGAGAAGAAAACAUACGAAAGGCAGUCUGUGAAAGGAUGUGAGAGCUAA